GGACAGAGUCCUAUAGUAAUCUUUUUCAUCUGACUUCUGGUUCCGACCAAUAUCCGUUUCCUAUUUCUCUCUUCCAACCUUGAAGCUAGCUUCUAUCACAAUGAACGAGACGGGGAACUUCGUCAUAUUUGGGCCCAAGGCCAACUGUAGCUUGGAACUUUGCCCUAUCGAGAUGAGCGUUUACGGCUACCGACCUUCUCUUCCUGCCAAUAUUACUUUUGCCGCUUUAUUCACCUUCGCGACUUUCGCGCAUGCCUACUUGGGCUUCAAAUGGAAAACACCCUGGUUCAUGUGGUGCAUGAUCCUAAGCUGCACACAUGAAGUAACGGGCUAUGUAGCGCGUAUUCUGCUCUGGGUCAAUCCGUGGAGUUUUGGUGCAUUUAUUACCCAAAUCAUUGCUAUCACGCAAGCUCCUGUUUUCUAUUGUGCCGCAAUCUAUGUCACCCUUGGCCAAAGUAUUGAGCAUUAUGGACCAAGCCUUGCUCGAUUUCCCACCAAAUACUUUGCCUGGGUAUUUGUACCUAUGGAUAUCAUCUCGUUGAUCUUGCAAGGUACUGGAGGAGGUCUCUCGGCGUCCUCAUCCGGUGCUAGCCAGGUCGGGGUUGAUGUCGCCAUGGCAGGACUGAUUCUACAAGUCAUUAUGCUGGUUACAUUUAGCCUCUUGUUUGGUGACUACAUGUUUCGAUACCUACGAUCGAAGAAGUCCCGAAAUCUCGGGUCGAGAGACAAGCUGUUCUUUGCCUUCCUCGCCAUUGCAGUCCUCGCUACUUUGGCUCGUUGUGUCUUCCGGGCCGAUGAGCUCAAAGAGGGUUACCAAGGGGAGCUGAUCAAGCAUGAGGACUUAUUCAUUGCUUUGGAAGGAGUGUUGAUUGUUUUGGCAGUCUUUUGCCUCUUUAUUGCCCAUCCUGGCUUUGUCUUCAACCGGCCAGCGAAGGUUUACUACUCUGUCGCUACUGGCACUGAAGCUACUGACGAGAUGGCUUAUCGAUCUAAGCUUGCUGAUCCUGUCAGUGAGUCAGAGCACUAGG